AUGGGCUUGGUAAUGGUUAACCAAAAAUUAGCAAUACUCGGAGAGUUUCUAGUCAAAUGGGGAGGAACUAUGCUUGUGUCAUUCGUUCUGAUGAGUACCUACUACUCGUGUGUGCAUAUAAUUGCAGAAAACAUGUACGAUAACCCAACGCUGAUUUAUUGGUUGACAUUAAUUGCAAGAGUCAUCAUUUUGGAAAUCAUCGUCAACUUGGCCUGUUUUGUUUAUUAUGCACGAUAUAACAGCGUGACCUAUUGGCAUCGAAAGUCGUGCGUAGCUGACCUGAGAGUGUACGCAGAAGACAAUGAAGCGCAGCCAGAAGUGGAAUACGCAAGUGCUCAGCCAAGAGUAGACAGACAUCUGAGUUGGGAGCCCGCUAAUGAGGCCGGAAGUAAAUUCUGUUUUACCUGUAAUAAGGAAGCACCACAGAGAAGCCACCACUGUCCUUUAUGCAAAAUGUGCGUUCUCCGUAAAGAUCAUCACUGUUUUAUCACUGGUGCUUGUGUCGGAUUGGGCAACCAGCGAUACUUCAUGGUUUUCUUGUUCUGGUGCGCAAUUGGGCUCGUCAUCGCCAUGCCACAUCUCUUUUUCUAUAUGAAUACUGAAAUUGCCUAUUGCAUUGCAAACAAGCAAACACCAACUUGGUUCACUGGGAUUAUAUAUGAUUUUCAGGUGUACUAUACAACACAAGGCUACACAAUGUAUGAAUACAACAAUUUGACAGUUCGAGCAACGUUCCAAGGCGAUGGAGAAAAUAUGGGGGAACGACUUCGACUAGUUUUCGGCAAGAAUUGGGCGCUCAACUUUUUGGUCCCGCUUCCAUGGAAUCUACCCGUACUCACACCUGCAAUCUCCGAUAGUCUUUUCCGUGUGAGGAGCAAAGUUCUGUGA